AUACGCAUUGAAAUACGACCCCUCACUCCCUCAGCUCUCAUCUCCCUCUGGAAAUCUUCCAACCAAACGGCAGACACCUUAUAGUCUAACGUGUUUCCCAUGCGCCUAGACUAAUUCCUUCAGCUGCAAGCCUGCUCUGUCCCUGCAAAUGGAAUUUAAGCUUAGUGGAAAUGAACUCAAGACCUUCUCUCGGUCCAUGACAUGCUUGGCUCGCAUUGGCAACGAGCUCGUUAUUCAAGCAUCCAAUUCACUGGGGCACUAUGUGAAGGAGGAAAGCUUUUGUUCAUUUUUGCUUUUUAGGGUUUAGAGCAAUUCAGUAACUACAUACUCCUAGCUGACUCUUGUCACACUAAAUUCAUCUAGGACAGCUCAUCUGUCCAUCACAUUUAAACCUGAAUUUUUUAAUGUCUACACAGUGUCAGCUGACCAGGUGAAAUGUAGUGUUCUCUUAAAGGCUGUUUGUUCCGUAUUAAGAACACCCUUUGCUAGUAUUGACCAUUUGACUGUGUCGUUACCUGAUCCUGAUGCAUCUAAGUUGCUGUGGACAUUGGAAUGUUACAAUGGGAUCAGGAAAGCCUAUUGGACAAAUUGCAAUGUUAGACCUGAGAUACAACAGCUAUCCCUAGAUAGGAGCAAGCUUCCUAGCAACUUUGUGGUGAGACCGCGUGAUCUCAAUAGGUUAUUAUCUAAUUUUCAGGCAUACCUUCAGGAGAUCACAGUAAUAGCAACCGAACCUUCCUCCUUACCUUCUUCUGAUGCUGAAAAUGAAAUCGGAGGAAAGUGUGUUGAGCUUAGAAGCUAUAUAGAUCCAACAAAAGAAAAUGAUUCAUCACUGCACACACAGUUAUGGAUAGACCCCACAGAAGAGUUUUUGCAGUACACACACACCGGAAAUCCAGUAGAUGUGACAUUUGGAGUGAAAGAUUUUAAGGCGUUUGUUUCGUUCUGUGAGGGAUGUGAAGUUGAUGUACGCUUCCAUUUCAGUGUGGCUGGAGAGCCAGUUCUGAUAGAACCGAAGUUUGGUUUAGACGAUGGUUCUGGUUCAAACAUUGAUGCAGCUUUGGUGCUUGCGACCAUGCUCACAUCUCAAAUCAAUAAUGUGAACUCCACAGGCGGUCCCCAAGCAGUGAAUUCAAACGGUCAGGCUGCUGAUCAGUCAAAAGGGGCCGAAACACAUGAUGGGUCAAGAGGGGAUAAUUCUGAGCCCCCAUCUGAUCAUACCAGAAUUUGGUCUGACCUUUCAGGAAGUGGUAGAAACCAGAUUAUCAAUGAGCAGCAAGAGAUUCAGAGAGGAGUUGGUUGCAACAUUUCUGGAGUUGGAGCUGCAGCAGGAAAUGUGCUUUCUGGUGCUAACAACUUCCGUAAUGAGGAAACAGAUCACACAAAUGAGACACAAGGCAGGAGAGAAAGUACGCGUCAUGCUUCUCAAUACCAUCCAAACAACUGGAUAGAUGCGGGUGAAGAAGAUGAUGAUGAAGAUGAUGAGGAUCCAGAGUUUGUUGUAGAGGCAACACCACCCCAUCAUUAAGAACUGUCUUUGCAAGCAUUCUUUUUAAUCUAUAUAUGAACCAAGACUCCAGACUCCAGAGAGUGCAGGUCUCCAGAUUUUGAUUAUAUAGGCCUUUGUUCAGUUGAUGACGAUAACUCGGGUUGGGUGUUUGUGUUAUUUGUAUGUACAUGCUUAAGGCUUGGGUGGUUAUGAAUUUAAUAUUUAAACAACUAACUAGUAAAUGAUAGACAAAGUUGGUUGUUUGAUCUGUCUUGACAUCUAGAUUCUAGAAUCAGCUUCACUUUACGAAUUCUGUAAUGGUACAACCGUACAAUAUCUAGAAAAUGCUUAGUUAAUACUUCGUAUU